AUGGCUCCAAUGGUGGAGGAAGGAGCUCAGCUCGUGACGGUCCCAGCAGGUGUUGCUGUGAUGAGUGUCUUCGGCCUUGUCUUCACUGUGUCAGCCUUUGCAUGGAUUUGUUGCCAACGUAAAGACACCAAAUCCCAGAAAACACCUCCUUACAAGUUUGUGCACAUGCUCAAAGGGGUCGACAUCUACCCAGAGAGCCUCAGCGGCAAGAAGAAGUUUGCUGCAUCUAAUGCCACAACAACUACCGACACCAGUAAAACUGAUGUAAACGGUAACUGCCACACUGUGGCGCCAAUGAGUCCUAGCAGCGCAGGUAAACUGGCAUCAAGUCCAAACGGUUCCAGACAGACUCUGCAUCUGGACCUGGAGAAACGGGAUCUGAAUGGCAACUUCACCACCAAACCAUUUCACCACCACCACCAGAAGGUGCGGAGCUCCCCGGACCUUGAGCUGCCCUCUCCCCAUGCAGGGUUUACCCAACCUGGGGUGAUAGACCGCCGUGACCUCCCUUCACCGUCCAGCACCCUCUCCAGCCAGGCGCCCACCCCAGCUGUGGACAAGCCCCAGGCAGAUGAGAGAGAGGCCGGGCUAGGGACCCUCCACUUCUCCCUCGAGUACCAGCCAGAGAAGAAAGCUUUCAUUGUCCAUAUUAAGGAAGCCCAUGGCCUGACCCCAACUGACGAGCAGUCGCUGACCUCUGACCCCUACAUCAAGCUGACCCUGCUGCCAGAGAAAAAGCACCGGGUGAAGACCAGAGUCCUGAGGAAGACUCUUGACCCUGCCUUCGAUGAGACGUUCAGCUUCUACGGGAUCCCACUGGCCAGAGUAUCAGAGUUGGCCCUUCACUUCAUGGUGCUGAGCUUUGAUAGGUUCUCCCGUGAUGAGGUCAUUGGAGAGACCCUUGUCCCCUUGUCCGGAAUCGACUUGUCAGAAGGGCGUGUCCUGAUGAGCCGAGAGAUCAUUAAGAAGAACAUCAAGAAGUCCUCCGGGCGAGGCGAGUUAUUGCUCUCCCUGUGUUACCAGUCCACCACCAACACUCUGACUGUGGUCGUUCUCAAGGCUCGCCACCUGCCCAAGAUUGAAAACAACGGACCCACAGAUCCAUACGUCAAGGUGAACCUAUAUCAUGGAAAGAAGCGUGUCUGCAAGAAGAAGACCCACGUGAAGAAAUGCUCCCCCAACCCGGUCUUCAACGAGCUCUUUGUCUUUGAUCUGCCCUCUGAUGAGGGCCUGAGGGACACCAGCGUGGAGCUGCUGCUGAUGGACUCAGACACAGGCAACUCACGCUGCCCGAACACCGUCCUCGGCCGCCUGGUAAUGGGCACAUCAGUGGUGGGCACCCCUGGCGAGCACUGGCGAGAGAUCUGUGACCACCCGCGUCGCCAGAUCGCCAAGUGGCACGCCAUGUCUGAGGAUUAA